AUCCCAUGCCAAGUCUAUGAUAGCAUUGGGCUGAUACUCUCGAAUAUAACACAAGUCCAGGGGGUGUUUCAUCUCAGCUGAACACAUGCCUUCCUCUCGAUCGCUGUCCAUUCUCGCUGUCGCUGUCCUCCUAGGGUUGUGCUACCGACCAUUCGCGCUAUGGUACAGUGGUCAUAAGGCUGUCAACAAGCUGAUAGACCGGACAACUCCCGUCAAGCUCUACGGCGCUCCCAUGUCCACAUGCACUCGACGGGUGGCCACAGUGCUGAAGGAAAAACUCGUACCAUAUGAGCUGGUUCCAGUUGAUUUCAGCAAACGCGAGCACAAGUCCGAGGAGUACAUUGCGACGAAGCAGCCUUUUGGUCAGGUUCCCGUCCUACAGGACGGCGACUUCGUCCUGUAUGAGAGUCGCGCAAUAUCUCGUUAUAUUGCUCUCAAAUACGCUGAUCGAGGGACCCCACUUCUCCCAUCGCCAUCUGAUAUGGAAGCCUGGGCGCGGUUUGAAGAAGCAGCUAGUGUCGAACAGAAUAACUUCGACCCGUAUGCAAGCGGAAUUGCGUAUGAAAAGGUCUUCAAGACGCGUUCCGGAGGAACGACAGACGAACAACGUGUCUCCAGCCUGGCAGCAACUCUAGAGCAGAAGAUGGAUGCAUACGAGCGUAUCCUCGGGAGACGCAAAUACCUAGCAGGCGAUAAUAUCACAUUGGCAGACUUAUUCCAUCUCCCCUAUGGUAACAUGGUCACGGAGCUUGGCUACGACGUACUGCAGUCCCGCCCUAACGUCGCACGUUGGUGGAAGGAUGUCAAUGCCAGGCCGUCCUGGAAGUCGGUUGCGCACGGUGCAUAAACGCAGCAUGGCCUCAUGUCUGCCUCUGCAGAUGAUGGGAUCUCCGACUCGGAUCGUAUGCGAGCGUGGUGUGAUGACUCAUGGAGUCCUACAAUGGUAAAAGUAGUUCAGGUAGCUAUCGAUGAUCAUCGUUUCAGGUGCAAGCCGAGUCACCAGCCAUUGCAAUCAGC